GGUGGUAGUUCGAUGCCGUAUCCACGUCUUCGGCCAAUGAAUCCAUCACCGUCAUCUUCUUUGAGACAUUGAACACCGCUUUUCCCACUUUUGCCGACAACUCUUAUCUCUCAAUCUCUCUGUCCGGCACGUAUGAAGAGGGGAGCAUGUUUAAUUACGUGGUCCCUCUAGGAAACACAUCAACGGACAUCGCCGCCAUCAUCACGGCUGGCGACGGAGCUUCCGGAGUGUGGGGUGAGACGGGCUUCAGUUUUGCAGGCGCUCCGCAUGUCAGCUCGCACACGGUUAAUAUCGACAGCCCGUCUCCGGCUAUCUUUGGAACCGUGACGAUGAAGUCGCGAUGCCAUCAGAGAUAUCAACAUCAACGGCACAGCUUUACCUUCACGGGCCUGGGCUACCACGACAAGAACUGGGGCGACGAGCCGUUCAUUGACGCGGUCCAAUCCUGGUAUUGGGAUCAUGGUCGCGUCGGGCCGUAUUCGAUUGUCUGGUUCGAUGCGCUGGAGACGAGUGGGAACGAGUAUGUCUCAGGUUACGUGGCCGACGACGACCAAAUCGUCGCAGUCUGCUCUGCCGGUUCGGUGGUUGUCAGGCCGUACGGCGCAAACUCCGAAUACCCUCCAACUGUUUCGUCCGGCGUGCCGGAAGGCUUCAUAAUCGUCAUUGAUCUUUGGGAUGCUGGUCUGUUCAAUAUCACGGCGACGACGGAAGCUAUUUAGAUUCCAGGGGGUUCCCGUACAGCAUAUGGCAGGUACUUAGGGCCGCUGUCGGGUACAAUAGCUGGCAAAACAUACACCGG